AUAUACAUUAUUCAAUGUAUCAAACUGUACACAAAAUUGUUAAACAAUAAAUAGUUAUAAUAAAUUAUAGUAUGUUUAUUAUGUGAAUGUAAGAAAUAAAAUAUGUUGGGAAAAUAUAAUGUCAUUAAGUUUUAUCGAGGAAUUUAAACUGUAACUUUAGUGGCAAACAGAAGGAUCGAAACUGUUGGUGGAAGCAGAAACAGGUCAUGCGAAUGACGUAAGUUAACGGAUCUCCGUAUGGAUAAAUAAUUUAUAGAAAAGAACAAAUGAAGUGAAUAAAAAAAAAAAGAAAAAAAUUUUUGUUAUAUUUGAAAGAAAACUUGUUAUAGUAUGUUAUUGUACACGUGCUAUCACGUAUGUUGUGUAGUAUUUUAAAAAAACAUUAAAAAGAAAUUAUGUUUAACAAUAUAGGAUAUUGAAAUGACUCUCAAAAGUUGUAUAUACAAUUAAAUAAGGAAAAUGAUAUCGAGAUUGCCUCAUGGUCUCAAAUGAAUCCUGGUCUCGAAUCAUGUGGCGCAGCAAUACUGAACGGUGGUCCGGAACGAUUCCAAGGAACAAGUAUGCAGGUGUUUACAUGCGCAUGUAUCGUAUGCGUAUCUUUAUACACAAAAUCUUUUAAACAUUUGUAAUUGAAAAACUGAAAUAUAAUUUUAUAAUUUUCAAUUUUUAUUUUAUAAUAUCCCAGAUCGCAGUAGAAUUACUUAAUCGUUGAAUUACUUUUUUCUCACGUUCUUUAAGAUAAGACAACGCACAGUUUGAGUUUCGAAUGGUAACAAAAGUGUGACCUCACACCGCAUGAAACCUAUAUACUUUUGUUUAUAUUUCAUUGCAGAGUCGCUUUGUGAGACUCGAAAGACAAAUUAUUUUUCCAUUGUUUAUAUAAAUUUACGAAACAAGAUUUAGAAGAUUUUGACGAUAAAUAAAUCAAAAAUAUAUAAAAUGAGUGAAAAACGAGGCACAAAAGCAUUAGAACUCUGGUGCCGUCGAAUAACCGAAGGUUAUCCUGAUGUAAAUGUACAAAAUAUGACAACUUCUUGGAAGGAUGGCCUCGCAUUUUGUGCGAUGAUUCACCAUUUUCGGCCUGAUCUCAUUGACUUUGACAAUUUAGACAAGAAUGACGUGUAUGGGAACAAUGAAUUGGCUUUUAGAGUCGCGGAACAACAUCUUGGAAUCCCAGCACUUUUAGACGCAGAAGACAUGGCUUCCUGUGCUGUACCUGACCGAUUAUCAAUUCUUACUUAUCUUUCGCAAUUUUAUCAGACUUUUAGCGGUUCAUCACCGACACGACAUCCAGUGAGUAGAACGACUGAAACCACAGAGGAAAGAAUCACGCAAGUGCCUGAAUCUCCAAAAGAAAAGGAGGCGUCGUAUCUGGGUAUGCGGAAAGAUCGCUGCGUUGUAUGCGGACUUCCUAUUUUCUUAGCGGAAAAAUUGGUACUCGCUCGUGUCGCUUAUCAUCGUACCUGCUUUCGUUGCGCUCGAUGUAACAAUCAAUUGACUAUUGGUAAUUAUUACGAAACCGAAGAAGGACAAUAUUGCUGCGAAACAUGUCCGGAUGAAGAAAUUCCGGUAGCCAUAACGCGAAAUUGCGACGAAUCCUCGCAAUUUAAUAGAGUUGAAAAAAACAAGAUUGAUUCGAAUUAUCAACAAUUUCUUAGCGAUGAAAAGCAUAUAGAUAAAAGAAUAUUUAGUCUCGAUCCCGUUAACAAAUUGGAUCAUCGAGAUCGUAUCGUCCCUGAUUUACUGGCGCAAACUUCUCGAUUACGUUUUAAUUUCAUAUCGAAUCAAUUAUUGUUCGAAGAGGGUGAACAAAAAUUUCUCGCCAAUAACACGAAUGCAACGAAUGAAAAUCAAAGCAAUUUCGAUCGUAGCACAAAUUUCACAUCUUCGGCUAAUCGUAAAUCCGAAAGCGAAAAUGAUGGAAAUAACGAACUCGAUUCCUCGAAACUAGAAUCGGCUUUCACUUCUUUGAAAUUAGAAUCCGUUGACAAGGAAAAUAUAACAAAGACGAACGACUACGACGAUUACUACGUCGAAUCAAGUACCAACGAACGAGACGAACAAAAAUCUGCCAAUUCGUUUCAAUUCGAUUCGAUUACGGAUAAAUCACCGUGUGAAUCUAACGAUCAAUCCGUUGAACGUAUUCAACGCGAUAAGAACACCUCUUCUAUAAUUGAAAAAACAAUCAGGAUUUUUGACAAGACGAGACAAGAUGAAAUUAAAGUGUACAAUAACGAAGAUCGAGAUAUCGAAACGCUAAAUAGGAAGAUACAGAUGAAGGAAUACGACGUAAUAGGGAAAAGUGAAAAAAUUUCGAUGAUAAAUCCAGACGCGACUGAGACCAUCAUCGGUCAAAAUGCUGCUUUAAAAGAUAACGUUGAAACAGACGAUUCCACGCAAAUGGAUACUUUCGAACAAUCGUUAGCACAUGCGACCGAAAUUAAUGAAAAUUUAUCAAUUAUUUCGGAUACAACAAAUAGGGAAUUUGAAACAUGUACAACGGUUGCGACAAACAUAAAUUCUAAUUUAAACGAAGAUUAUCCUGAAGAUUUGAAUCCUUUUAAGAGUGACGAAGAAGAAGAAGAAGAAGAAGAAAAAAUUUCUGACAAAUAUAUGACAAUUGUGAAUACUACAGAAAGUAGCAAAAUUUUGACAAAUCCAUUCGAAAAUGAAGAAGAAAUAAAAAGAAAAGAAAUUAUUCCGCCGAGACCAGCGGUCAGAUCUAAUUUUAACGGUAAUACAGUUAACCGACAAUUUUCCAAAGAAAGACCAACAAAAAGACGUUUAGCCGCACCACAAAUUAAUUUAAAUCCAUUUUGGAGCGACGAAGAUGAUCAUAAUAGCGAUUUGGAAUCUAAAGAAAAAACAUGUGAAAUGAUGCCUACACCUAAACCACGCACAAUUAAACACGAUGAGGGGAUAAAUGUAACCGAACGACAAGAAUCGAGCCAAAAUCACCAUCAUUCGCGCACAUCCAAUAAUAAUAUAAGAAGUCCAGAAUCAAAUAUACGCAUUGGAGGAACUUAUAGAAAAAAGAAACCGGCUCCAUUACCACCUACGAAAAAGGAAUCGUGUCUUUCCGACCAACCUUCCAUGUCCAAAGAAUCAUGCGUACACGUAACACCUAAGAUGCGUAAGACGAAGCCAGCUCCACCACCACCACCACCACCACUACCAUCAGCAUCAUCAUCAUCAUCACCAACAGUUCUAGCAACGUCUAAUUUUGAAGGAUCUUCUAUAAAUCGAUCGAGCGCGUGGGAAGAUCAAAAGACUAAUAAAGAUGAGACAAAUAGAAAUAGACAGAGUUUCACGCAUAUGUCAUGCGAAGAAAAUUUCCAUUAUAUGUCAUAUUUAGAUAAAAGUAUGGAAGGAAAAUGGAAAAGAAAGAAAGGACCUGCUCCACCAUGUCCAAUACCACAUAAAAGAAAGAUAAAGGUAAUGUCUCUUAAGGAUGUUAAAUUGGAGUUGGAUGAAAUAGAAGUGCAACAGCAAGGACUGGAAAAGCAAGGUGUACGAUUGGAACAAUUGAUAAGAAGUAAAUGCGAAUCCGGAUCUAGAACCGAUAAUAUUUCUCUUGCAACCGACGUAGAAGAAUUGGUUUUAGAGUUAUUUACUUUGGUAAACGAGAAAAACGAGUUAUUCAGGCGACAAGCUGAAUUAAUGUUGCUGCGAAGACAACAAAGAUUAGAAGAAGAACAUGCGGAGGUUGAAUAUCAAAUUCGAUGUUUAAUGAUGCAACACGAUUCGACCAAAACGGAUUUUGAUAAACAAAGAGAAGAAGCAUUGAUACAAAGAUUGGUAGAAAUUGUGGAAAGACGCAACGAAAUCGUCGAUUGUUUAGAAAUGGAUCGUCGUAGAGAAAUGGAAGAAGACUGGAGCAUCCAUCAUCAUAUGGAUUUGUUCGUUGCCAAAAAUAAGAACGAAUCAUCGUUGUGUAACGAUAAGGAUAUAACCGAGAAGAAGAAACGAAAACAAAAUAAACAAAAGGAGAAGAUAAAAGAGAAAAAGCUGAAAAAAAUAUCGAAGAAAGACAUCGAUAAAGACGUGGAUGAAAUUGAAUUAACGCUUAAACGACACACAAAACGAAAAUGGUUUUAACUUGUAUCGAUGUAGCUUAAUCGAUAUAUUUAUAAACCGUAUCGUAUAAAUUUAUACAAAAUUGUUAACAUAAAUUAAGUUAUUCGUAACGUAAGUUAUCUUCGAGGAGACGCGAUCGGAACUUUUCACAGUCGAAAUCGGAUCCGUCAAACAUGUUUCGCAUCGCGACGUAGACUCGAAAGUAUCCUUCGUGUUAAUCUCCGAAGAUCGACGAUCGAUCGUAAAGUAUGCGAUGAGACUUGGACGCUUCGCGAUUAGUAAUCUCGAUAUUAUUCUCACUUCGUUGUCGAAUCUCCGCUCUGUACAAAGUAUACUCGUAUAUCGAGAUUCUUCACUCGAUCUCGAGACGAAUCUCAUCGCGUUUAAGGUUACUUACUUAUCACGCCUGAUUUAAAAAGUGAAAAAAUACCACGAAAAUCGAGACGAUCACCCCGAGGACGUUAUCGUAUAAAUUAUCGAUAGAAAAUAUUACCUCGAGGAUCAUAGAAGAGUUUACGUCAUAAAACAAAAUAUAUACAUGUCGUUCAUUUACCGCAACAAUGAUAUAAGAUGAAAAUUAUUAGAAACGAGAUGA